GACACAGCAGAAUAUGUCGCUUACGUUGCCAAAGAUCCAGUGAAUCAAAGAGCGUGCCAUAUACUGGAGUGUCCCGAGGGUCUCGCUCAGGAUGUGAUCAGCACUAUAGGACAGGCCUUUGAACUGCGAUUCAAGCAAUACCUCAAGAACCCUCCAAAACUAGUGACUCCACAUGACAGGAUGGCUGGAUUUGAUGGCUCGGCAUGGGAUGAAGAGGACGAGGAGAUUGCGGACCAUGCCUACUACAAUGACUUCCCAGGGAAGGAGCCUCCUAUUGGUGGGGUUGUGGACAUGAGGCUACGAGAUGGAACUGCUCCUUUAGUGCCAAGACAGAGCCCCAAUCACAUGGGGGCCACACUGCCGGUGGGACAGAUAUCUGGAGGAGAACAAGACUCAAGGAAACAGCAGCCACAGCCCAAUGUGCAAGGUAAGGACAGGUAUCCAGUGCCUGGCGCCAAGCCUGUGAAUCGGCCCGACCUUUUCGAUGACCCCUCCUAUGUAAAUGUGCAGAACCUGGACAAGGCCCGCCCGCCUGCUCGUGGCGCCACCAAUGGUCAGAGAGACAUCUUUGAUAUGAAGCCCUUCGAGGAGGCGAUCCCCCCGGGGGCGUCCAUUGUCAGUAUGGAAGAAGAGCUGAGGCGGGAGCCUUGGUACCACGGGAAGAUGACCCGGAAGGAGGCGGAGCGCCAGCUGCGGGUCAACGGAGACUUCCUGGUGAGAGAGAGCACCACCACCCCGGGGCAGUACGUCCUGACCGGCCUGCAGAAUGGGCAGCCCAAACACCUGCUGCUGGUGGACCCAGAAGGAGUGGUCCGGACCAAGGACCACCGCUUUGAGAGUGUGAGUCACCUGAUCAGCUAUCACAUGGACAAUCACUUGCCCAUCAUCUCUGCGGGCAGCGAGCUGUGUCUGCAGCAGCCGGUGGAGCGGAGACAGUGAGCGGCGGGGUCCCCUCCUCCUCAGUACACCGCAGCCUCUUCCCGUACCGCCGCGGAGCCUUCUCCUCACCUUCUAUCAGGGAAUUUGUAGGGUCACUGUGACCGGGAGCCAUGGGUCAGUGCUGCCGCCGGAUCCCGCCAUGGAGGUGACGUCUCAGCACAAGGCGGCUCCGCCCCCUCUAAGCACAUGAUGGCCUGUGGCGCAGUCACCCCUGCCGAUCUGUGCCUUUUUUUAUUUGUAUGGUUCCCCUGCCCCCUCCAUGAUGGAUAUCUCCUGGGCCCCUCAGUCCAUCAAUGGCAAUAACGGACCCGAACCCCGUGCAUGCUGGACAUCCUCCGCACCUGCCCCAUGCCUAUUUAUUUCUGCUGCUUCCACACCGUCCUCUCGUCUGCGCCCCCCGGAGGUGGGGCCCCUAACGGAGUCUGCACUUUUUCUGGCCCCCCCCCCCCCCCCCCCCCACAAACCUUUUUGCCUUAAGGUGACUAAAGAAAUAUGUAUCUGCCUCCAAAUUAUGGACAGGGGCGGCACCUAAUGUCCGGACAUUGCUGGUGUAGGUGCGGCGGCUGGUGGCCCCUUUUUAUGUAGAGAGCCCCCCCCCCACUGCUGUGGACUGAGUGGUCUCCACGGAGGAUGUUGUAUGGACUCGAGAGACUCGCCCAAUUUCUAGUGUUGUGUUCUGGACUGCAGGUCAUGUGACCUCAACUAGCCUGCCCCCACCUGGGGUCUGCAACGGGAAGUCCUAGCCUAACCUGCCCCUCAAUAUACCUCCCCAAGGGUCCCCAGCAAAAUGCCCUUAUAACCUGCCCUACCCCUCACUCCUGGCUCUGUGCCAGGGCGCCCUAUUACCGUACCCUCCCAUCCCAGGACCCGCCCUAUUACCGUACCCUCCCAUCCCAGGACCCGCCCUAUUACCGUACCCUCCCAUCCCAGGACCCGCCCUAUUACCGUACCCUCCCAUCCCAGGACCCGCCCUAUUACCGUACCCUCCCAUCCCAGGACCCGCCCUAUUACCGUACCCUCCCAUCCCAGGACCCGCCCUAUUACCGUACCCUCCCAUCCCAGGACCCGCCCUAUUACCGUACCCUCCCAUCCCAGGACCCGCCCUAUUACCGUACCCUCCCAUCCCAGGACCCGCCCUAUUACCGUACCCUCCCAUCCCAGGACCCGCCCUA